CUCUGGAGUAGAUUACUCUUUUGUUGUUCUCUCUGGAGUAGGUGACUCUUUUGUUGUUCUCUCUGGAGUAGGUGACUCUUUUGUUGUUCUCUCUGGAGUAGGUGACUCUUUUGUUGUUCUCUCUGGAGUAGAUUACUCUUUUGUUGUUCUCUCUGGAGUAGGUGACUCUUUUGUUGUUCUCUCUGGAGUAGGUGACUCUUUUGUUGUUCUCUCUGGAGUAGGUGACUCUGCAAAAGCCUGAAGGUGUCGCCUGUUUCUCUGAGCGAUGGUGCCGUGUUCAGUUUCCACAACGUAGGAUCUCGGCUCUGGAGAUUUGCUGAUGACAACUGCUGGUGUUUUCCAUCCUUUCUCUCCGUCCAGCUUGACUCUCCAGGGUGUAAUUCCAGUAGGGGGCGCACUGUAUGCCUCCUGUUAUAGAAGAACUGGUAAGCUUGUUUGGCUUUCUGGUCCUUCUGUUUAACAGUGUUAUGGCUGAAGUGUUUUGGUUGGAGUUUCCCAUCCAGCACGGGGACCGUCGUCCGUAUCUGACGUUCUGUCAUGAGUUGUGCUGGGCUUGCUCCUGUUGCGCUGAUGGCUGUGGCUCGGUAGCACAUCAGAGCCAUGUGUAGGUCUGGUUGUUUAACAAUUAGAUUAGCUGUCUGUACAGCUCUCUCCGCAGCUCCAUUUGUCUGAACUCCUUGAACUCAGUGCAGACAAACUGAGUAGCGCUGUCGCUAAAGUGCUCCGUAGGUAUCCCCCAUCUUACAAACAUACCUUUGAGGCGGGUGAUGACCUGCUGACUAGUGGUAGUGGGCAGGUGAGCUAUUUCUACGUCCCUAGAAUAGUAGUCCACCACUAUGUGGUAUUUCCAUGUCCCUAGAAUAGUAGUCCACCACUAUGUGGUAUUUCUAUGUCCCUAGAAUAGUAGUCCACCACUAUGUGAUAUUUCUAUGUCCCUAGAAUAGUAGAACACCACUAUGUGGUAUUUCUAUGUCCCUAGAAUAGUAGUCACCACUAUGUGGUAUUUCUAUGUCCCUAGAAUAGUAGUCCACCACUAUGUGGUAUUUCUAUGUCCCUAGAAUAGUAGUCCACCACUAUGUGGUAUUUCUAUGUCCCUAGAAUAGUAGUCCACCACUAUGUGGUAUUUCUAUGUCCCUAGAAUAGUAGUCACCACUAUGUGGUAUUUCUAUGUCCCUAGAAUAGUAGUCACCACUAUGUGGUAUUUCUAUGUCCCUAGAAUAGUAGUCACCACUAUGUGGUAUUUCUAUGUCCCUAGAAUAGUAGUCACCACUAUGUGGUAUUUCUAUGUCCCUAGAAUAGUAGUCCACCACUAUGUGGUAUUUCUAUGUCCCUAGAAUAGUAGUCAAUACUAUGUGGUAUUUCUAUGUCCCUAGAAUAGUAGUCACCACUAUGUGGUAUUUCUAUGUUCCUGGAAUAGUAGUCACCACUAUGUGGUAUUUCUAUGUUCCUGGAAUAGUUGUCCACCACUAUGUGGUAUUUCUAUGUCCCUAGAAUAGUAGUCACCACUAUGUGGUAUUUCUAUGUCCCUAGAAUAGUAGUCCACCACUAUGUGGUAUUUCUAUGUCCCUAGAAUAGUAGUCAUCACUAUGUGGUACUUCUAUGUCCCUAGAAUAGUAGUCACCACUAUGUGGUAUUUCUAUGUUCCUGGAAUAGUAGUCACCACUAUGUGGUAUUUCUAUGUUCCUGGAAUAGUUGUCCACCACUAUGUGGUAUUUCUAUGUCCCUAGAAUAGUAGUCACCACUAUGUGGUAUUUCUAUGUCCCUAGAAUAGUAGUCACCACUAUGUGGUAUUUCUAUGUCCCUAGAAUAGUAGUCCACCACUAUGUGGUAUUUCUAUGUCCCUAGAAUAGUAGUCACCACUAUGUGGUAUUUCUAUGUCCCUAGAAUAGUAGUCCACCACUAUGUGGUAUUUCUAUGUCCCUAGAAUAGUAGUCACCACUAUGUGGUAUUUCUAUGUCCCUAGAAUAGUAGUCCACCACUAUGUGGUAUUUCUAUGUCCCUAGAAUAGUAGAACACCACUAUGUGGUAUUUCUAUGUCCCUAGAAUAGUAGUCACCACUAUGUGGUAUUUCUUGCCCUGUAGCUCACACAGGUCGGCUGGGAUCUUCAGCCACAGACCCUUAGGUAACGGUGUCAUGACAAGUGUUUCUCUCUUUUCAGUUGGUUUGUUCUCUGUACAGAACCUGCAUGACAGAACCUGCAUGACAGAACCUGCAUGACAUCACCUUUCUCGCAAAGUGGACGCUGAUCUGCUCUGACUGGUGCAGGAUUUGUGUUGCCCUCUCCAGUGUCAAGUCUGGCUCCAGCUGUAGCUUUUGUGAAACAUCACUGUCCAUAAUGCACAAAAUGUUCAAAUGCACAAAAUGUUCAUUCCGUUUUUCAAUCACCACAUCAUAGUCGAAUUAAUCAUUGUCAUCAAAGGACAAUACAUUGUAGACAAUCUCUGCAUCUUUCCCCAUUGCAUAAAGUUGUGAAUUCACCUGCACCACACCGGUCUCCUUAUCCAGUUACGAUGCCACUCAACUGGAAAAAGUAUCCAGAUAGGCCAUGCUGAAGGCUGCAAGAAAUCAAACGGCUCUGGUAGCCAACCACCCAAAACUACCACCUCUCAUCCACUGUGAAGAUGAACUCUUACAGAAUACUACCAUGUGUCGAUGAGAGCAAGAGGGAGACAUAUCCUUGACAACCAGAGAGGGGGGGUCAAAGAGCGACCUGCGUCAUGCCUGGUGUCGAAACGCUGAGGGCGGCAGUAGAAAGGAGAAGGUGGACCUCAGGCCAGGAGAAGAAGGGAGGAUGGAGAGAUCUCGAUGAAGAAAAGCAAGCUGGGGAAAGGAGGAGAUAAGAGAAAGCACUGCCAUCAUAUUUUUGGAGUGACAAAUCUAUUGUUGUUUUUAAGUGGCAAACUCCCAGAGGUGGGGUUAGGAUGCACAGAUCAGUGGAGAGGAGACAGAUCACUACAAGCCAUUGGAGAUUAUACAAAUUUGAGGUCAACUAUUUAAUCACCACCUUUCUCUUUCCCCAGACAGUCUUAGGUAGUAGCAUUUUAUUAGGCUCCUAGUUGAACAUUGACAGGACAUCUUGUCCCGUUUUGACAAUCUGUUUCCAGAGUGAGAGUGACCGGUUAUAUUGAUCUCCCUUUGCCACCCUUCUCCCUGGUUAGGGGAUGGAUGGGGUGGCGGGAGGUGUUGGGCCCCCUGGCGGGGGUGAGGGUCGGCCGGGUCGUAGUGGAGGAGACUCUAAGAGGCGCAGUAAGGGCAGCCUGCCCUCCCCAGGGUACCGCCUCUCCCAGGCAUCUCUGGAGGGGGACAGGUCAGGGGUCGAGGGGUCCGGUUCCGGAGGGGGGCGACGGCGCCUCUCUAUCUUGAGUGCCACCAGAGACGGCCUCCCCUUCCGUUCAGCUGGCACCCCGACCACCCCUGUCCCCCUGCCCCCUCCUCCAGCCCCCUUCUCCUCCGCCCAGCAGCGUUCUGUUGGCUUUUCCUCGUCACGCGCCGCCCUUGCCUCCACUUCCUCCUCCACCGGCACCGGAGUGGUCGUCGUAGCGUUGGGCCCGGAAACCACGACAACCACGGCUUGUAACACCGUGGCGGGCACGCCGGAGAUGGGGAGUCUGUCUGGGACGGGGGGCAUGGGGGGAUUUGGGAUGGGUCUGGACGGGGAAGACUACAGCUACUCCAACCAGUCCACCUUCAUCCAGAGACAGUUUGGAGCCAUGCUGCAGCCGGGGGUCAACAAGUUCAGCCUGCGCAUGUUUGGGUCCCACAAGGCCGUGGCCAUGGAGCAGGAGAGACUCAAAUCAGCAGGGGAGUGGAUCAUACACCCCUACAGCGACUUCAGGUACGCACCAUACACCCCUACAGCGACUUCAGGUACGCACCAUACACCCCUACAGCGACUUCAGGUACGCACCAUACACCCCUACAGCGACUUCAGAUACGCACAUACACCCCUACAGCGACUUCAGGUACGCACCAUACACCCCUACAGCGACUUCAGAUACGCACCAUACACCCCUACAGCGACUUCAGGUACGCAUCAUACACCCCUACAGCGACUUCAGAUACGCACCAUACACCCCUACAGUGACUUCAGAUACGCACCAUACACCCCUACAGCGACUUCAGGUACGCACCAUACACCCCUACAGUGACUUCAGGUACGCACCAUACACCCCUACAGUGACUUCAGGUACGCACCAUACACCCCUACAGUGACUUCAGAUACGCACCAUACACCCCUACAGCGACUUCAGGUACGCACCAUACACCCCUACAGCGACUUCAGGUACGCAUCAUACACCCCUACAGCGACUUCAGGUACGCACCAUACACCCCUAUAGCGACUUCAGAUACGCACCAUACACCCCUAUAGCGACUUCAGGUACGCACCAUACACCCCUACAGCGACUUCAGGUACGCACCAUACACCCCUAUAGCGACUUCAGAUACGCACCAUACACCCCUACAGCGACUUCAGGUACGCAUCAUACACCCCUACAGCGACUUCAGGUACGCACCAUACACCCCUACAGCGACUUCAGGUACGCACCAUACACCCCUACAGCGACUUCAGGUACGCACCAUACACCCCUACAGCGACUUCAGGUACGCACCAUACACCCCUACAGUGACUUCAGGUACGCACCAUACACCCCUACAGCGACUUCAGGUACGCACCAUACACCCCUACAGCUCUAGGGAAUGGAAAAUAUCAUGCACUCUGACAGCCACUUCAGGUCCAUACAGACCAUACAG